UUCCCAGUAUGAUACGUCUCCUGGGCAGAGUCCUUCACGAUCUGCAGGGAGGAGCUGGUGCCGGCGCUGCUUUGGCGCAGUAGCUGUUUAGGAAUAUGAGGCAUUAAUAAAAGAUGAGUUUGACAUUCAUUUCCUUUCUGCUGACUGAAACCCGAGCAGACCUACAGGAUCCAGAUAAAAGGUUCCAUUAGAGCGCCGCUCCGCAGGGACAUGGGAGGGGGAAGGGAGCAGAACUGUAAUAGCACUGGUAUUUCUGCAUAAAUCCAGCACCACCGAGCAUGCUAAUGACUGCUAGCUCUUCAGCCUAGAAUUUCAAGUCUAAUUGUCCUAUAUAAGAACUCUAACCCUAUUAUGCAAAAAAGAGACAUGUCUUCUACUCGUCUAUACAAGCAUCCCGGAUUCCCAUUGGGUCCUGUGGUCUUGUUUGGGAGACCAGCCUGAUGAGUACAGCAAGUGAAAGGUUAAUGUUUACUGUGCCUUUAAGUCAGUGACGUCACAGAUCCCCAUCCCCCUGCAGACUACAUUUCCCAGCCUGCUUUGCAGAGUAGAGGGAGGGGAGCUGUUCAGUGCUGCAGCUGUAAGGAUGCUGAGCAGGUUCCGGAGAAGACAGAAUAUUUCAUGUGCGGAUUUAGAGGGUCACAUUUGGGGUCCCUGUUGUCAGCUGACGGGGGUUCUUAGGAUUUUGUCUAUAGACAUCCCAGUCUGGCGCUCUGACACUCUUUUGUACUGCUGACCAGUGUGACUCUCAUCCUCUGCCAGGUACAACUUUCAUCGUCUGGCAUGGAGAUGGCCUGGCUGGUAGUGGAUGGCCCUCGAUGGCGUGCGCUUGACCAAAGCCUGGCGUCACGUUGUGAUCAGAUAUUUCUGGGGUUCCAAGGUCUUCGAUUUAUGUCAUCACUUCUCUGGUUCUGUCCUAGAUCCUGAGCACCUUAUCCGGUGAACGUGUGGAGCUUUUAACCCUUCGUUUUUGCAUCACAUCUCUCCAGUCCGCAGCAUCUUUCAGCCAUCCACAAUCAUCUCUAGUGUCCGUCAUUCCACCAGUGUCUGCAGUGAUGUUUACCUGGCUCCGUGCCCACCACCUCACCAUCAUUGAAUCUGCCCAGCGCUGACAACCCAAGCUUGGUCAUGUUCUCUCUGGGGUCAUAUAAUGGAGUUUGGCUUCAGGUUUCAUAUAUCUGUGAAGACUGAAGGGAUUUGUCCUGGAAUGUAUCUAAUUAUUUAGAUGGCAUUUGGUUCCUUAUUUUCUGGUUUUGAGAAGUGUUGUGCAUUGACCUUGACCGGGGUCUGUUGCCUGAAGAGCUGCUCUCCAUUCUGCAUUGCUCGGCCCUGAUUCUUGCCAAGUCUUCUACGUGGCCGACUCUGCUGGGAUCUCGGGUGACCAUGCUCAGUGUUUGCCGCUAAACUUUCUUAAAUUAAAUCCUGUAAACCUUUAAUGCUCUUUGAAAUGAAUACACUGAGAUUGAGUUUGUGCAGUUCAGCUGAACAUUAAGGGUUAAUUCCUCUCUGCGUCCUGUGGGGAUUGUGCACUGCAGACAUCAGGCAUCUUAUUGACGCACACACUCGGUAACUCUUGAACCCCCUGUUACGAUAGUCUUUGGGGACUCCUGAUGAGCCCCGUCAUUGGGGCCCUGUGUAGAGAUGCCUUCUCCAACAGAUUCCAGUUUUUCCCUUACUGGACGGACAUCCCGCAGCCUGUCCCAGUUGAGGCUCCACCGGGCUUGGACACAUGUGCUGCUAGCUCUGGGGUUUGUGCAGGUGAUUCUGGGGGUCCUGAUAGUCACAUUCAGUCUGGUCACGGCCUCUAUCACCACAAACACAAAAAUCAAACACUCUUGUCCGUCGUGGGCUGGAUUCUCUGUCACGGCCUUCACCCUGGUCAGUGCCCUAAGUGUAAUGCUCAGCCUUGCUGGCUCCAUCCUCACCUGUCAGAAUGGGCAGCUGGUCAGAUCCUUUAACUCUUGUAAGAAGGAAAACAACUGGUGUAUUUGCUGCCACCCAAUUGGCCAGCAGGAGGCGCUGCCUGACUGCAGAGAACUGGAGAGACUGACCCUGUACCCCAACCACCAAUGUGACAGUAUCCGCAUUGCCCUAAAGGACUUGUUAUUCAGUGUCUGUGGCCUCACCAUCUUUUCCACCAUCAUCUGCACCUUGUCCGCUGUCAUCUGCUGCAUUCAGAUAUUCUCAUUGGAUGUCACCCAUGUAUUGGCCCCACAGAGAUCCACUUCCGUCAACCUGGAGUGCUUCUCACCCCAAGACUCUAUCCUGCAGCGCAUGAUGGAGUGUGAGGAGUUUGUGCCCCCUGUUCCUCCACCGCCAUAUUACCCACCAGAAUACACCUGUAGCUCAGAGACCGAUGCACAGAGUAUUACAUAUAAUGGAUCCAUGGACAGCCCGAUCCCUCUUUAUCCAGUAGAAUUCCCUCCAUCAUAUGAGAGUGUGAUGGGGCUAAGAGAGGAUAGUCAGGCCACAUUAUAUGAUGCCCAAGCGAAUGAAGUCUCAUAUCCCAGUGUAUCCGACAGAAUCAACUCCACGGGCCAAAGUGGCAAUGAGGACAGCAGCCCAUCUGAAGACUCCAUCUUGCUGGAGAUGCAGGGCUCCCCCGGAUCUGUGGGUUACAUUCAGUAUCGCUUCAUCAAGCGUAGCCGAGCCGACUACUGUCUAAGUUCUGACUGCGACCAGUGUGGACAUCACCAGCAGAGCCCUACUAUUAGCCUGCAGGGGCCUUUUGAGGACGUGGCUGUUCCUCGUGUUAAAGGGGGGCGCUCUUUCUCCUGUUCUACCCCAAGUGAUUGCGCCGAGCCUCCUCAAGUUGCAAGUGGAGCCACAAGAAGCUGUAACAGGCUGGAAACCAUUGGGCGCACUGUUGGUCCUUGCUUCCCGGAGUUACGUGUAAAAGGGAAGGUUCUGCAUGAGCAAGACGUAAACAGAGGGUCCGGGUGUCCCCUCCAUCACAGCUCUCCAUGCCAGACUCCAGACUGUCCACACCGCAGGUACAGCGAGAACACCCGGCCGAAGGCCUUGUCUCUAAACGUCACUCCGCGGCUCGUCAUCCGCUCACACAGUGAUCCAGGAAUCUCCUCACAGUUCAGUACAGAUUUUGGGCUCCCAGGUUACACCAAGGUCCUAGAUGAGGACAACAUUUCAAUUUCAUCGGGGAACACAGGACUCUAUGAUGAAGCCGCCGCUUUCCACAGACUGCACCCGCCUGGCUCGCCAAAACUACUUCGCACUAAUUCAGAUGGAAAGAGCAGGAUCCAUUUUACCCCCAAAACUGUUCAGCGACUUUCCAGAAGCGGAGCCCUGUCCUUGGGAGACCUGAAGGGAGGGCGUAAUACCCGGGUGCUCGUGGCCAGGUUCCUGAAUAGAUCUCGGCGGAGUCUCAAGGAUGGAGGCGACAACUCAAAGCCGGCUCCGAAGAGUCCUCUUUCCUUCGAUCGUGAGAGACAUCAGGUCGGGACGCCCCUGCAGAGCUGCGGAGAUACCAGCUCCACUUCUUCUCUACGUCGUCUUCUGUCCACCAGUCGCAGAGGGAAGGAAAGACCUCGUAGCAUGUAUGGAAUAUAUAAAGAGAGUCCUGAGUAAAGAGACAGCUCACCCAGAGACUUCAGCUGUCAGGCGAAUGUCACCAAUGAUAAAGGAUACAAGAUGGCGGCUUGUGACUGUCAUACAACCUGCAGACUACUACAAACCAAGCACAAGAAGUGACCUUACAGCACAAGCUUCCGGAUUUCACGCUGGUUUUGGGGUUCCCACCGAGGGUCUGGCCCCAUUCACCGGCUCCGGGUUCUCAUCCAUUUGCUUUGCAUGUUGAUUUCUUGUCCACACUUUCUGCAUUUUAAGGGCUAACACCGAGCUGUUCCGGGCCCCGAGUCAUUCAGUAUUAUCGUGUCCAGCAUCACUGAUUGGAUAAUAUGUUUUUACUAAAUCCGUCUGAAGAAUCCAAUGUGAUUUGGUGUCUGUGGUUUGGUAUAUUGGGUGUACGGGCCGCGCCGGGCACAUGACAGAUGGUGCCCAUACACCUGCGCUGGG